GUUGAUUAACGUAAUUACGUAGUACGUGUCUAAGCACGCAACGUACUUGUCCCUGUUCUGUUGACUGGGAAGCCCCUAGCGCGGAGCUGCCAACGCCCGGCGUCAAGACACAAAUAGAGGAUACGAUCUUGAAUGAGUAGCGGAGACAGUAAAACACAACCAUGCAGACCAUCAAGUGUGUUGUAGUGGGGGACGGAGCUGUGGGUAAAACCUGCCUGCUCAUCUCCUACACCACAAACAAGUUUCCUUCUGAAUAUGUACCUACGGUGUUUGAUAAUUAUGCAGUAACUGUAAUGAUUGGAGGCGAGCCCUACACUCUGGGCUUGUUUGAUACAGCAGGUCAGGAAGACUACGACAGGUUACGACCUCUGAGUUAUCCCCAGACAGAUGUCUUCCUCGUCUGUUUCUCCGUCGUGUCCCCCUCCUCCUUUGAAAACGUCAAAGAAAAGUGGGUUCCAGAGAUCACCCACCACUGUCCAAAGACACCCUUCCUGCUAGUUGGGACUCAGAUUGACUUGCGGGAUGACCCUUCCACUAUAGAGAAGCUGGCCAAGAACAAGCAAAAGCCCAUCACUCCGGAGACAGCCGAGAAGCUGGCGAGAGAUCUCAAGGCUGUGAAAUAUGUCGAGUGCUCAGCCCUCACGCAGCGAGGGCUGAAGAAUGUAUUUGACGAAGCUAUCCUAGCUGCCCUAGAGCCACCUGAGACGCAGAGAAAGAGGAAAUGCUGUAUAUUUUAAACGCUGCUGUUUAACACUGCAUUCAUUCAUUCAUUCAUUCAUUCAUUAACCUCAUUCAUCUCUCUCCUUCCCCCUCUCUCUGGAUCUACAUGUGCUGCUUUUAAAAUCUAGACCAAUCUCACUAACCCAUCCAUCAGUUGGCUUCUGAUCUAACUCCAGACCACUACUCUGUAGACCCAGCCUACUACUCUGUAGACUCAGACCACUACUCUGUAGACUCAGACCACUACUCUGUAGACCCAGCCUACUACUCUGUAGACUCAGACCACUACUCUGUAGACUCAGACCACUACUCUGUAGACCCAGCCUACUACUGUGUAGACCCAGCCUACUACUCUGUAGACUCAGACCACUACUCUGUAGACCCAGCCUACUACUCUGUAGACUCAGACCACUACUCUGUAGACCCAGCCUACUACUCUGUAGACUCAGACCACUACUCUGUAGACCCAGCCUACUACUCUGUAGACUCAGACCACUACUCUGUAGACUCAGACCACUACUCUGUAGACCCAGCCUACUACUCUGUAGACUCAGACCACUACUCUGUAGACCCAGCCUACUACUCUGUAGACUCAGACCAAUACUCUGUAGACCCAGCCUACUACUCUGUAGACUCAGACCAAUACUCUGUAGACCCAGACCACUACUCUGUAGACCCAGACCACUACUCUGUAGACCCAGACUACUACUCUGUAGACCCAGACCACUACUCUGUAGACCCAGACCACUACUCUGUAGACCCAGACUACUACUCUGUAGACCCAGACCACUACUCUGUAGACCCAGACCACUACUCUGUAGACCCAGACGUCACAUCUUACUCCUGGGGUGUUAACGUACGUCACAUCUUACUCCUGGGGUGUUAACGUACGUCACAUCUUACUCCUGGGGUGUUAACGUCACAUCUUACUCCUGGGGUGUUAACGUCCGUCACAUCUUACUCCUGGGGUGUUAACGUACGUCACAUCUUACUCCUGGGGUGUUAACGUACGUCACAUCUUACUCCUGGGGUGGUAACGUACGUCACAUCUUACUCCUGGGGUGGUAACGUACGUCACAUCUUACUCCUGGGGGGGUACUUCCCAACUGUAUUUUUCCUAGUUCCCUACUUUGGGCCAGAGCUUAGUACCGCGGCCCCCGGCCAACAGUGCAGGACCUAAUGGUUGUAGUCGGUCUCUCCCUCGGUUCUGUAGUGGUUGGUGUGAGACAGUGGAGCGGUCUCACAGAGGACGCAGGACCUAAUUGUUGUAGUCGGUCUCUCCCUCUGUCCUGUAGUGGUUGAUGUGAGGAGGGUUUGGACCAAAGGAAGGGCGGGGGCUUCACAUUGCUCCACACUAAACAGAGCUUCCAUUUCUAAUGCUAAUGUAUUUUUGUACUACUGUUGAUGUUUGAUUAAACAGAACUUGGAGUCUGACUAUGGUUACAAGUAAGGCUUUUAAGUACUCGAGUCAUAUGUAGGGAGUGUUUGGCCAUUUUGACAACAUAACCACUGAAUAGAGUCUUUCCUGUUUGGUACCUUAAUGGUACGGUCAUAUUGAUCUGGUGUAAAGCUCAGCUACACUUGAUGUUUCUUAAAUUUGUAAUUUUCUGAAAAAUGCUUUCUUGUUGACUUAUUUGGCCCAACUUUCUCUAUAUAUGACACUUGUGCCAUUACUUGGUGAAUAUCCUGCUGUCUUGGAAGUCCAGAUACUAACAAAAAAAGAAGCUUAUAAUUGUGUAAAAUGACCUGUGAAAUCAAUUAAUAAAGGACAAAUGAACUUGC